AUGCAGCCUUCGUCGCUCAAGCGCGGGCGCCAACAGCUCCCCCGAGGCGCCGCAGGGCCGGCGCUCGCCGCGGCUUCGCCUGUCCUUCAGCAGAUGGGGUCCGCCAAGAACAUCAGCGCCGUCUACAACCGAGUUAUCGAAGCGACGAUUGAGCGGUGUACGCAGUUUCAGAGCGCCAAAGUGAUGGACGCCAUCGAGAAGCAAUGGCGGCUCGCUCUGCAGCGACGAACAGCGGAACUCCGGCGAGCGCCCGCCGCUGCGCCAGUUGGAGGCGACUCGAGCUCCCACCAGCCGAGAGGAACUGCCGCGGACAGCAGCAGGACCGCCGCCUCAGGCAUCGCCCCCGCGGCUGCGCCGCCAGCAGGGCCGCCACAGAGUGCGCAGAGCGGCGGAGACGCCAAGAGCUCCGCUGCUGCAGCAAAGGCAAGCGGCGGGCAGCCCUCGUCUCCGAAAGUGACGAAGCCAGCGGACAAGGCAGCAGAGGCUGUGGAGGCGCCCGCCGAUGCGCCAGCAAAGAGUGAGCCGGCGGGGGACGGCGGGGCUGAGGCAGCGGAUGACGACGAUGACUUCGAAGACGCCGACGUUGACGAGGCCGAGACACUCAGCGCAACCCUAUCAGAAGGACCUGCGGCUAGCGCCAGCAGCAGCCAUACUCAGGCACAUGCGCCCUCAAACGACGGUAGCGCUGACGCAUCAGGUCACAGUCGCCCCGAGCUCGAGGAGAAGGAAGAGAUUCUUGAUGAUGUCUCCGACUUAGAUGACCAGGAACCUGCUGCCACUGACGGCAUCUACGCCUUGUAUGAAAGGGUGGAACGGUGUGGUUCAAGCGGCAAGAAAACGACAAACUGGAGAGUAACGCUGCGGCAUGGCAUCAUACGGGCAGGCCGACAAGAAAUCGCCUUCGAUCGUCUGUAUGGAGAGCUGAAAUUCUAG